AGCCCUUGUGCCGUGGUCUAGGCGUUGUUUUCUUGUUGAAUUCUAAGUUGCAGGUCGUUUAGUCUUCUCUCUCCGACUCUCUGUUCGGUCUCCGGUACCUUCAAAGGGAAUCCCAACAAUUCAUUCACAUUGUUUGCGAUUCCAGCUCUGAUAAUGUUUUGGGUUCCGAUGUACAGGACACAAUGCCGGUACCGCCAUGGCUAGAGUCACUACUAGGCACUGCAUUUUUCAAUGUUUGUCGGUCACACGGAGAUGCAGCGAGAAGCGAAUGCAAUAUGUACUGCUUAGACUGUAAGGGCGACGCGUUUUGCCUCUAUUGCCGCUCAUCAAGACACAAGGAUCAUCAAGUGAUUCAGAUAAGGCGAUCUUCGUAUCACGAUGUGGUUCGAGUUUCAGAGAUUCAGAAGGUGUUGGACAUAAGUGGGAUUCAGACUUAUGUGAUCAACAGUGCCAGAGUAUUGUUCCUGAAUGAGAGGCCACAGCCAAAAUCUGGUAAAGGAGUCGCACAUUUGUGUGAAAUCUGCGGAAGAAGCUUAUUGGAUCCAUUUCGUUUCUGUUCAUUGGGUUGUAAGCUUGUUGGAGUGAAGACAAAUGGGGAUGCAAGCUUGAAAUUGGAGGAAGGAAGAGAAGGGAUAUCAAGAGAUGAAUUGCGUGAAGGGUCGCAACAAGACAUUUACCCUCCCACGCCUCCACCACCUCCUUCAACUACAAGGAGAAGAAAAGGCAUUCCACACAGGGCACCCUUUAAGUCCUAAUAAUUAAGACCAAAGAAAAAUAGUUAAUUGCAUAUAAUAUUUCUUUUUCUUUCAGGAAAAAAAAGCCACACUUUCAGGUCUCUGUCUCCAAGUAAAAGAAAGAGGUGUACAUGGUACCGUCUUGUUUGGGUUUUCCGAAGAACAAGAAGAAGAAGAGAGAUGGUAAGAGGGCAAGAAAUGUUGCUCUCUUUUUUCGAAUUGGGUCCCACUCAGACAAAAUUCUUAGCAAUAAUGCAGAAUUGUUAUUGAUAGUUGCAAAGGUGUACAUGUGAAAUUAAGAAUAAGAAAUUUUAAAGCAGACUCUUUCCCAUUGUGGAGUCCGCAGCGUAUAGUU